AGAAGCAACUACUCCACUGGAAGACAAGCGAAGAUGGCGGAUGUGUUAAGUGUUCUUCGUCAGUACAACAGCCAGAAAAAAGAAAUCGUCGCGAAAGGAGAGGAAGUUAUAUUCGGGGAAUUCUCUUGGCCAAAAAAUGUCAAAACCAACUACAUAAUUUGGGGUACUGGUAAGGAAGGCCAGCCCAAAGAGUACUACACUUUGGACUCUAUUUUGUUUUUGCUGAAUAAUGUCCACCUCCCGCAUCCAUCCUAUGUCCGAAGAGCUGCAACAGAGAACAUCCCUGUUGUCCGCCGACCGGACCGUAAGGGGUUGCUGUUGUAUCUCAGUGGCGACAAUGCUACAUCAUCGAGUAUCGACAGAAGUGCACCUAUAGAAAUUGGGUUGCAAAGGCCAACUCAAGUGAAAAGAGCGGCCGAUGAGGUGUCUUCUGAAGCCAAAAAACCAAGAAUUGAGGAUGAAGAACGCGUGCGGCUCGACAAGGAACGUCUGGCAGCCCGUCUGGAGGGCCACAAAGAGGGCAUUGUGCAGACUGACCAGAUCAGGUCUCUGUCCGAGGCCAUGUCAGUGGAGAAAAUCGCUGCCAUCAAAGCCAAAAUCAUGGCUAAGAAACGUUCCACCAUCAAAACAGAUCUGGAUGACGACAUAACCCUGAAGCAGAGAAGCUUUGUGGAUGCGGAGGUCGAUGUCACUCGAGACAUUGUCAGCAGGGAGAGAGUGUGGAGAACCAGGACUACCAUUCUCCAGAGCACUGGCAAGAAUUUCUCCAAAAACAUAUUUGCUAUUCUUCAGUCAGUGAAGGCCCGAGAAGAGGGGCGGGCACCGGAACAGAGACCAGUACAGAGCACGACUCAAGUGGACCCGUCCUUGAGAAAUAAGCAGCCGGUCCCUGCGGCCUACAACAGAUACGACCAGGAAAGAUUCAAAGGAAAAGAGGAAACCGAGGGCUUCAAGAUUGAUACCAUGGGAACCUACCACGGCAUGACUCUGAAAUCAGUGACGAAAGGGGCGUCGGCUCGAAGGGCUCGGACUCCAGCCCUGCAGCCAGUUCCUCGUCCAGUUUCACAAGCCAGACCUCCACCAAAUCAGAAGAAAGGAUCCCGGACCCCCAUCAUCAUCAUCCCUGCUGCCACCACCUCCCUCAUCACGAUGCUCAACGCUAAGGACCUUUUGCAGGAUCUGAAGUUUGUCACUUCAGAAGAGAAGAAGAAAAGUGGCAUUCAGCGUGACAAUGAGGUUCUGCUGCAGAGGCGCAAAGACCAGAUACAACCUGGUGGCACAACGCUGAGUGUCACGGUGCCGUACCGUGUCAUUGAUCAACCACUCAAACUGGCCCCACAGGACUGGGAUCGAGUUGUGGCCGUCUUUGUUCAAGGACCUGCGUGGCAGUUCAAAGGCUGGCCGUGGCUGCUGCCUGACGGAUCUCCUGUUGACAUUUUCGCCAAAAUUCGAGCCUUUCAUCUCAAAUACGACGAGGCAAAGAUGGAUCCCAACGUGCAGAAGUGGGACGUGACCGUCCUGGAGCUCAGUCACCAUAGGCGUCAUCUGGACAGACCUGUGUUUCUGCGCUUUUGGGAAACUCUCGACAGGUACAUGGUGAAACACAAACCUCUCCUCAGGUUCUGAACCCGGUGCGGAGCAAGUUCCCCGACUCACUUCUCCAACCUUCCGCUCUGGUUUAAGCGUCACCUCUCGACCACACUGCCGUCUUGUCGUGAACUCCAAUCCCAGUUUUCGACAGGACUGAGACAGGUUCCUCUGUGCUCUUUUUACUAUCUGUCCUCCAGGAUCUUCUAAUGCAAAGAUCUCGAUUUCCUGCUUCUGGAAACCACGGAGAAAAAAUUAAUUUCAUGCUUUCAUGUAAUUCCAAACCAGAAACACCAAAUAUGUUCAUUGUAAAAAGGCCAUGGAACGAAAUAAGACCGGGGAUAAAAAUCUGAAACAAGUAGAUCAGAAAACUUUGACAACAUGAGACUUUAUUCUUACUUCCUUUUUUUUCCCCCACAUAAUUUAGGGUGUUUGUGUUUUUUGAAAUUUCGGGUGGUAGUGAUUAAAACCUGCGAGAGACUGAACUCCUCUUCACAGACGAAGAUGAGACGGGCGAUGUCGGGUGCAGAGAAAUUCUGCUUGCAAUAUCGAGACAAAUCCCGGGGUCUCCGCGUGGUCUUUUCGACCGACCAGAACCCUUUUUUUUUUUUCCCUUUCUUGUCAUAAUGCAAAAGUAUCGUUAACAUGUUGUUUUUCUUCUUCUUCUCUGUUGGUGUCCUGUGAGAGAGGAGAGACGAUCAUGCUCGUAUUGCUUUAGGUGAUCACAUGAAAAGAGACAAUAAAGUCUCAGAAAAACAUGCUUGUAAAUUAUUUUUUUUUGUCUUGCGAAGCUCUCAGUGACCUGUUGACCCAAACCGACUCUUUGAGCACUGAAUGCACCAGCGGCUUAUAUGGGAUUCUUACAAUAAAACUGAAAAUACAUCACACACCGAAACAGAAGGUAAACAGGAGGGGGAAAAAAGCGGUGGAGGACAUACAACGCUACAAUCGAAUUUCUAUCUGACUGUUAGAAUAAAAACACCUGUUUUCGAUCUCA